GGUGGUGGUGGUGGUGGUACGCUUGCGUGAACGGUUGAGUUUCAGAGUUGUCGGUUCCCUUCGAGACUCCGACGGUCGUGAUGGCCCAUGGAAACCAACGGGAACUUGCCCGUCAGAAAAACAUGAAGAAAACACAGGACAUUAGCAAGGGAAAAAGAAAAGAAGAUAGCUUGUCUGUCCAGAGAAAGCAGAGGGAUUCUGAAAUCAUGCAACAAAAGCAGAAGGCUGCUAAUGAGAAGAAAUCUCUGCAGACAGGUGAAAAAUGAUCCACAGUAAUUCAAAGAACCAGGUGGAUCUCAGGAUCUGAAAUCAAGAGUUUGUAGAAUGACCAACCA